AUGCUUUUAUCUGCCAACAGGAAUCUCUUUUGCCUUAUCCAGACUGGCAUUCACUUUGCUUUUGUGCAGAUCCCUACUUCUGGAAAUUCAGAAAUUGGAGAGAGUGCAGAUUAUUCCUUUGUGGAAAAGAACACAUCUGAAAGUGACAAUGAUGAAGUUGAUGGCAACAAUAUAUGUGGUUUCAGAAAGAAAAAGGGAGUCAAAGGUCCUACAAAGUUCAUUCCUCCUUUAGAAAAUGAGAAGAUGGAGCUGUCCCACACCUCAAAAAUCCCAGAUCCUUGUCCCCUUCAAGGAACCACCGGUUACUCAGAAGCACCACCAAAUCAAUCUCUUCAAAACCUGACUAGCUUUCCUCCAGUACAAAAAGACAGAGGGAGUUGUGACAGUUCCCAUACUGGCAGUGAUAUGAAAGAAGACAUGUCUGGAGAAACUCAAGCAAUCCAGGAAAAUGUUGACUCUGGGAAAAGAGUAAUAGGAAAAAUGCGUGAAGAAAUAGAUACAGCAGCUAAAACAGAGCAGCCCAUGGGUAUGCAACCCACGAGGAGCAUCAGGAAAGCUGGGUGCACAGAGGCAGCACGCAGAGAGGGUAGUGAGAAGGAAGAGAGUAAGCCAAAAGGACGGGGUAGGAUGGAAGAAAAAGAUAUCAACUUUCACGUGACAAAGACGGGCUCCCUAGGCAGUAUUGUAACCACACAGGGAAGUGGUACUGCAGAGUCCUUCACAGGGGCACCUGACAUUUCAAAACGAAGUCUGAGAGAGUUGAAAAACCUGCUGAGUGAAGGCCCGCUGCCUGCUCAUGGGCCCAGCUACAGUGGCAAGGCAGGUGGCACUUUUUCUCAGAAAAAUUCAAAGCCCCGGGAGAAAACAGCUGACAAGCAGGGCCGACCCUUCGAGACUUUUAGUCCCCAUUUUGGAGAGGAGAAUCGAAAGUACCACAGCUUCCAUAAGGAGGGAGUGGGGCAGCAGAGCAAACCUCUCCUGGUCCUCAGCGCUGCCGGGUCUGAUCAGCAACAACCAGUGGGAAGUGACAUGGAUCAACUUAUCCUGGGACUACCAGCAGCUUCUACACAUGCAGAAAGCACACCUCCUGAGAUUCAGUUUGACUCCUCUGCAGGCCACGCCGCAUCCAGCGGAGAGCCUGAUGUAAACGGCCUCGGAGGUCCAACUCUCCUUCACCUGUUCUCUCAUAUUGAAUUUAUUAAGCAGCAGAUGGCCAGGGACAACGUACAGUUUGUCAGAUUUGAAUCAAUAGACCUCCAUGGUGUGUCAAGAUCAAAGAAUGUUCCUUCUCGCUUUUUCCACGAGAAAGCAAUUAAUGGUGUUGCCAUGCCCAGAAGUUACCUUGAACUGACGCUGAAUCCUAAAGAUAAUGAAUUAGAUUACAUAAAUGCAACCAAUUUUAAUUGUGACAUAAUCCUGAACCCUGAUUUAUCAACAUUUCGAAUACUACCCUGGACUGAGCAGACUGCAAGAGUGAUAUGUGAUUCCUUCACUGUGAUGGGCAACCCGCUAAUGACCUCACCGAGGCACAUUGCCAAGAAACAGCUGAGCCAGCUUCAGGACAAUGGCUUUUCUCUGCACUCUGCCUUCACUUACGAAUUUUGUAUUUAUGGCAUUACUGAAGUCGUAAAUUCAAAGACAAUAUCCUUUCCUGCAGCCACGAUACUAAAUAACCACGACCAGACUUUCAUUCAGGAGCUCAUAGAAGGAAUGUAUUAUGCUGGUGCCAACAUUGAAAGCUUUUCUUCUUCCAGUGGGCCUGGGCAAAUGGAGAUCACUUUUCAUCCAGCGUUUGGCAUAGAUGCUGCUGACAGUGCCUUCACAUUUAGAACAGGCAUUAAAGAGGUGGCUAAGAAGUAUAACUAUGUGGCUAGCUUUUUCUCAGAAUCAGGAUUCUACAAUUCAGGGGCUCUGUCACACAGCCUGUGGGAUUUGAAUGGCCAGAAGAAUCUGUUUUCUGUUGGUUAUGGAGUUGAGGAGCUCUCAGAUAUUGGGAAAAAUUGGUUAUCAGGUCUCUUGGCGCACACAGCAGCUAUCAGCUGCUUGAUGGCUCCUACCACCAGCUGCCGUAAGCCUUAUUCUAAAUACAGUAAAGAAUCAAAAGAGACUGUAAAUGCAAAAUGGGCAUAUAAUGAUAACAGCUGUGCCUUUAAUGUCAAAUGUCAUGGUGGAAAAGGCACUCACAUAGAGAAUAAAUUAAGUUCUGCUACAGCAAACCCCUACCUGGUGCUUGCUGCUACUAUUGCUGCGGGUCUAGAUGGAGUAAAGAGAGGACUUAGGUAUGAUGAUAUGCUCCAAGAAGAAAAUCACACUGCUGAUCCGAAACAUUCAACAGUGCCUCUGAAACUAGAAGAUGCUCUUGUGGCACUUGAGAAAGAUUCGUGUAUUAAGGAAGCAUUAGGUGAAACUUUUAUCCGAUACUUCAUUGCCAUGAAACAUUAUGAGUUAGAAACUGAAGAAUUGGAUAGCGAAAGGAAUAAAUGCCUGGGGUAUUUUAUUUAGAAGGAACACCCUUCUGUAGUGAUGCUGUGUAAAUGCAUACAGUGAAUGGCUAAGAAUCUUGAAAUUAGUAAAUAUAUUUAAAAAUGUU